AUGGACCCUGUCGUCCUCAGCUACAUGGACAGCUUGCUGAGACAAUCAGAUGUCUCGUUGCUGGACCCUCCCUGCUGGCUCAACGACCAGAUCAUCGGCUUCGCCUUUGAGUACUUCGCUGCCGAGCAGUUCCGGGACUUCUCUGACCAAGUGUGCUUCGUCGGGCCUGAGGUGGCCCAGUUCAUCAAGUGCGCCGCCAGCCAGGAGGAAACGGGCCUGUUCUUGGAGCCCCUGAAGCUGCCCCAGAAGAAAGCCGUGUUCCUGGCCAUCAACGACAACUCCAGCCAGGCGGCGGGGGGCACCCACUGGAGCCUCCUGGUUUACAUCCGGGACAAGAACUGCUUUGCCCACUACGAUUCCCAUGCCAGGAUCAACUCCGUCCACGCCAGGCAGGUCGCGGGGAAGCUGGAAGCCUUUCUGGGCAAGAGAGGCAGAAUCGCCUUUGUUGAGGAGAAGGCCCCUGCCCAGCAGAACAGCUACGACUGCGGGAUGUACGUCAUCUGCAACACAGAGGCCCUGUCUCGGGCUUACUUCCAGGCACGGCAGGAGCCGAGCCUUCAGCUCCUGACUCCUUCCUAUAUAACACAGAAGAGGAAAGAAUGGAAGGAUCUCAUUGCUAUGCUCUCUAAGAAGUGA